AUGAUGUCAGAAAGAGCGGGAAUUUUAGCCACGACAACAAGAGCAGUAGCCAGUGACUCAGUUCUCAUUGACCUGACAAAGGGCUCGGUUCGUGGCUACGACAGCAGAAUCCAGUUCCUGCAGAAACCCUCGUGGCCCAAGAACAGCACUUUGGCGCAACCCAAGUGUGCGCAUCAGGCCUUGAUUAAAGUCAGCCUGGGCAAGCGAGAGCGAUUAAUCAGGCUGCAGCUGCAAUUCAAACGAUCCUCGUUAUGGAGUUUUCAUUUGAGCGAUUCUCUGAGGGCCAGAGGCUCCUUGAGGUACGUUUUGGGGGACAGUGAAGCGCCGUACACGGAAGUCUGGUUGUACAAUGGGCUCCUGAACGUGUUGGGGGACAAUGAGUACCGAUCUGCCACGAGAGACGUCCCGAAAAAAAAACUCGACCUGAAUCCAUUGCAAAUUUUCGGCGAGCCGGUUGCCAAACCGCGGCGGUUCCGGCGCCGCCGCACGUCUGGCCGCCGCCGUAAAUCCUCGUCCACGCCGCACCGCCCCAAGCGGAAGUUGAAACUCGUGGCCGGAAAGCAUUUCCUGUCUUGGAAGGGCGAGGAUUUCCAGGACUAUUUGCCUCAUCCGAGUCUCUUCACGUUCCGGUCUGCGGACAACGAGGUCCCGGUUCGGAUAACUCGAACGGAAGCCAGCGAAGACCCGAUUUUCGGGAACCUGCAACACGAACCCGGAACCCACGAAGACGGGGACGAAGAAGAAGUCGUUUACAUCGGGCUCAACCGGGUCGUGGACUCGAGCGUGAAUCGCUCGGGUUCCGGAUUGUGCAAGGUGAUGAUUUCGCUGUCCAAGCCUCGUGAUGAUUGCUCUGGACAGCAAAACGAUUGCGGACCGAAUGCGAUUUGCAAACGAGCCACAAAAGAUAAGCAAGUGUGUAUUUGCAAACCAGGCUGGCAAAGAAACGGAAAAACUUGCACUGAUUAUGACGAGUGCCAGAUUCAAAAUGGCGGCUGUGUUCAUCAUUGUCUCAAUUAUGAGGGCAAUUUCACGUGCGGGUGUCGCGAGGGUUUCGCCGUUCCUCCAACUGUGUCGACAUUGACGAGUGCUCGAAUAACCCCAAGCAACGUCACGGAUGCGAAUACGAAUGCAUCAACACGAUUGGCAGCUACGAGUGUUCUUGCCCCGAGGGAGAUGGACGCAGAGUGCGAAGAGCUGAACUGCGCCCACACCUGCGUCACUGGCAAGAACCACGUCAACGGAACCCAGUCCCAGCACCAACCCUUCAUGAGUGCUCUGAAUGACGACCCAUCAGCAUCGCCGAAUCACGGAAGCAUCAUCGAUCAAUUCCCGCACCAGCAAUCGUCAUCAACGACUCAACGCGGGUUCACGACGGCUGUCGCUGCAGCGACAGCGAGUUUGAGCAACUCCUCGUUGUCGGUGUCGGCGAAGAAGCGGUGUCGAUGUUUGUCGGGGUUCUUCCCGAAUCCGCCGGAUUUCAGGACGUGUCGACGCACUUGUGCCAUCGGCAACGGCGGCUGUCAACACUAUUGCAGGGACAGUCGACGAGGACCCGUUUGUUCGUGUCACUCGAAUUAUGUUCUGUCGAGCGUCGACAACGCCACUUGCCUCGAUGAUGAUGAGCGCUUGUCCCCGGCGGACAGGCUGCGAUGCGUGGACGUGGACGAGUGCUCUGUGGACUCGGGUGCUUGUCAGUUCCAUUGCCACAACACAGUUGGCUCGUAUUCGUGCUCUUGUCCAAAGGGGUUUCAACUAUUUGGCGGACACCGUUGUGGAGAUUUCGACGAAUGUUCCGUGAAUAAUGGAGGAUGUGCGCAAAUUUGUGUCAAUCUCCCGGGAAAGCACGAAUGCAAGUGUCGACCUGGAUUCCGACUUCAUCCGAAUGAACGUGACUGCGUUGAUGCCACAAUUUGCUUGCCAUUGCCGACACCGAGCAAAGCCAACAUGACGUGCUCCACCAGUUACGACGGAUUCUACGAAGAGACGUGUCACGUCGAGUGCGUGUCGGUGACGGGAUUCUUGCUGAGGUCCCUGUCGAAUGCCCGAAGCACGACGUUGACGUGCGGUGCAAGAACCCGGUAUCAAUGGACCGACCCUGAGGGCAACGACGGUCUUCCCAGUGCUGCUUUCGGUUGUUCA